CUUGAGGCCUCGGAACUCGCUCUGGCUGUCUUGAUCUAGUACCGCUGGUGCUGAUCUCUAGUCGAAUUCACAGUGCGCCUCGAUCUGCUCGGUCAUAGAUGCCGCGGUGCUGCCUACUCAUCAACUCCCGCCUUUCAACAUUGUGCUUGCCUCUCAGAGUCGCACUCGGCUCCCCUCCUCGAGCUCGACCCUUCACAGUCUGGCCAUCCACAAUGUCCGAUAUUAUCCGUUCCAGCAGCUCGAAAGGCUGGCCAUAUGAGUGCUUUGACACUCAAAUUUUGCGUGCAGAACCGUCAUUGAUCCGCUUCGAGGAAGCCUCCUCCUCCCGGCCACAGCUCCCAAGCAUCGUCCCAGCUUCGGAAUCCGACAGGAGUGAUCUGUUCGCUUCAACACAACGUUCGCUUAAUAUUGCAGCAACAGAACUCAGAAAUGGAAACGUUGUUGCAUUCCCGACAGAAACAGUUUAUGGACUCGGCGCAGAUGCCACAAACGCGUUGGCCGUAUCCAAAAUCUACAGAGCGAAAGGUCGGCCUUCAGACAAUCCGCUGAUCGUACACAUCUCGGACACAAGCAUGCUUGAUGAGCUUGUCGAAAAAUCAGAUGUGUCUCCGAAGGAGAGCAAUAUCAGUGCCGCUUACCAAUGCCUCAUCGACGCAUUUUGGCCAGGUAGCCUCACGCUACUCUUUCCUGUCCGACGCCUACACCCGUCCUCAAAGGACAAAGGCAAGCAACGAGCCGUCCUUCCAGACAUCGUUACGUCUGGUCUACAGACUGUCGGCCUGCGCAUGCCCUCUCAUCCGCUCGCACGGUCUCUCAUCGCUCAAGUAGGCAGGCCGAUCGCGGCGCCUUCGAGUAACGCGAGCGGUCGCCCUUCACCGACCACCGCGCAGCAUGUCUUCUACGAUCUCGGCGGGCCGCUGGACGCAGACCUAAUCAAAGGUGAAAGGUCUGAAACGAACGGCGGAAUCAAUGGAAAUGCACUUCAAACACCCCGUGGACGAAUACGAUACAUCCUCGAUGGCGGGCCGUGCUACGUUGGGUUGGAAAGCACCGUCAUCGAUGGGAUUACGGACCCGGGGGAAAUUAGAAUUCUCCGGCCAGGAGGGGUGACGGUAGAAGAGAUUUCUUUUGCGCUGGCUUCGCGUAAUCUUCUCGUCGAUGAAAAUGGGGAGAAUCAUGCAGAUUCAACCGGCAAGGUCCGUGUACGCGUGUAUGGCAAGGACAUGGAGCGUAGCGCGGCGCAAGAAGCGAACCCCACUACACCCGGAAUGAAGUACAAGCACUAUUCGCCUAAUGCGCGAGUGGUACUAGUCGAUGUCGGAUCUUCUUCAGCUCGGGCGAAUGGCGCGGUAUGCACACUCAAAGAUAUGCUGCAGGCCGAAUUGGGCCCCUUGGCGGAGACGGCAGGAGCUGAGGCAGCACAUAUAGGCUUCAUGGCUCCUGCUGGCUCAAAUCUCGCCCAAGCUGUCGCGUCGCUCGCCUCGCGUUCAGCAUCGGAGUCAGAGGGAGCAUCUCGCGUCAAAAAAUUCUCGAUGCAUCUCGAUGGGAAUCAUGCGCGCACGGCGGCCCUCUUCCUCUACGACCUUGGCGCGCCUGAAUCCCCCGGUGAAGGAGCGCAGCGGCUUUUUGCCGGCUUGCGAGUGCUGGAUGAAGCACCGCAGAAGUGCCAGGUCAUCUUUGUCGAGACGAUGAAAGCCGAUCGUAUCGGGCUCGCCAUUAUGAAUCGGCUUGAAAAGGCAGCGAGCGAGAGGAUCUCAAUUGACCUGUAGCCCCGCAUCAACCAUUAUGCACACCGAGCCUCUCCCAUAGCGUGGUGAAGAUCCUCAAUUAUGAUACCUUCUCAACAGAGCUCAGACACGCAUACAUCUCUGGCGCAAACGCAUUCCAUCAGCGGAAGAACUCUGACCGCCUGGCAUUGAUGCCAUACUCGCUCAACGCAGCGCUGAGGUCGUCCAUCGUGAGCACCGUCCUGGAGCGAUCCUGUGUAGGAAGCUCUUUGAUCAGCAUCCCUCUCGUUAGGCACGCUAUGCGUGAGAGCGCAAACGUACCUUGGCACCUUGGCCUGCCGCUCCACCUGCUGCCGCGCCUCCUUUGCUGCGACCACCAG